AGUAUUUCUUAUACUUUACCUUUUUUGACAGAUACUUCAUAAAUGGUGCUUGUCGUGAGGGGGACCGCUGCCGUUUUUCUCAUAAUGUUGAUUCAGCUCGACCAUCAUUACUAUGUAGAUAUUACAUGAGGGGAACGUGUGCCUAUGGGCAAAAUUGCAGGUAUGAUCACAGUCGAGUAGAUCAUGGCCAUUCGAGUCGUAAUCACAGCCACACAGAACGAAAUCGGCAGGAGCCAACAUCAUCUCCUGUGGUCGCUGCGACACCUUCCUCUGACUCUGCCAGUGUAGAGAAUAUUGAAGGAAGAAGUAGAUUUGGUGAUAAAACAAAAUCUCAGUCUAGUCAACAAAGCAAAGUAGGUUUAAGUGUCAGUACCUCUGGAGUGCCCUGCAGUAGUGAGUCAAGAAACAUGAGUAACAACACAAGUGAAUCCAGUAGACAGAAGACGUUAAGUACACCUCUUGCAGGGAGUUCGCUUUCGUCUUCCUGGGUCAAUGCACCUGAAUUUGUACCUAGAGUUGCCAAAGAUAGCAGUGCAAAGCAAUAUGAAGUUUCAUACGCACAAGUUGCUGGCGCUGGAGACAAAACUUCAGAGAGCUCCAGCAACUUAAAUUCAUCAGACAGUGAACUCUGUCCGAUGUUCCUAAUGUCAGGCGUUUGUCAGCUGGGCGAAUAUUGUACAUACAUACAUGGGUCCAUGUGUGAGGUUUGUCAGUUAGCAUGUUUACAUCCGUAUGAUAAAGAACAAAGAAGAAUACACAAAGAGGAAUGCACAAGAUUAAUGGAAGCAGAAAUGGAACAUUCUUUUGCUGUAGCUAGGUCUCGAGAUAAAGUUUGUGGCAUAUGCAUGGACACAGUCAUGGAACGUCCUUUGGCAUCCCAACGAAGGUUUGGUAUUCUACCAAAUUGCCAGCAUUGUUUUUGCCUGAACUGUAUUAGGAAGUGGAGGCAGUCCAAACAAUUUGAAAAUAAAAUUGUAAGGUCUUGUCCAGAGUGUCGAACACAAAGUGAUUAUGUCAUACCUUCUCGAUACUGGGUAGAUGACAAAGAUAAGGAAGAAAAAGAAAAACUUCUUGUCAGUUAUCGACGAGCUUUAAGUGCAAAACCAUGCAAAUACUUCAAAGAAGGGCAAGGGCAAUGUCCUUUUGGGAACAAAUGUUUCUACCUUCAUGCCCUUCCUGAUGGCACCAAGAAAGAUGUUGGCCCACCAAGGCGAAGGCGGCGUUUUACUGCUGAUGGAGAAUUGCAGUCAUAUCUUGAAAACAUGGUGCUUUGGGAUUUCAUUGAAGAGCGUGAACACCGGCUUGAAUUGCUGCGUGGCUCCAUUCAAACUCUGCUGCUGGAGUUACAGCUAGAAGAUUUGGCUGAUGACUUUUAUUUUGCAGAUGACUCUGUGUCAGAAGCAUCAGACCUAUAGAUUCUAGAAGUAGAUGACUUUAGAAAGAAAUACUUUAUAUAUACAUGUAAUACUUCUAAUUGAUGGAACUUAGGCUUAUUGCGUGUUACUAUUACCAAUAACCUACACCUGCGUUGAAAGUAAUGUUAAGCAAGUAAGUUAACAUUUUGAAAGUGACAAAUUUUUUUUUUUUUUAAUCGAAGGAGGAUUUGUUUAAUUGGUUUUAGGUUACACUGUCUCAUUUUUGUUUUAGGUUAUUUGUAGUAAGUCAUUCAGGUUUACAGUGAUACUGGUGAUUUUGGAAUGCCAAAUCUGCUUAUCCUCAGGAAGGCCUACCUACUUUUCACAGUAAUAUACUGUACUUACAAAAAUUGUGUGAGCACAUAUCUACAAAAAACCUAGAACAAGUUCAGUACUUCAUAACUUAUUUUUAAUUCUUUUAAAAUGUGUUGUAGAUGUGAAGUUUGUUGCAAUAUGUGAUAGGUUCUCAAGAAGGGUUUUAUGACCCAACUUGUGUGUGGUAGUACCGGAUAAUGUACCUUUUCUGUGUAUGAUACUAGAUGAUGUACCAUCAUCAUGUAUGACAAUGCCAGGGAAUGUACUUUUCCAUUUGUGGUAGUACCAGAUGCUUUACCAAACCAUUAUUGGAAGUACUGGAUGAUACAACAACUCCAUGUAUGGUAGCACUGAAUAAUGUACCAUUUCCUCUCGUCGGCAUGUCAUAGGUUUGUAUUUAUAGUGCAUAUUGUAUUUGCAAUUACUCUUGUAGUUGAACAUAAACCUACAACUUCCUGGUAUCCGCUGAUAAUUACACUGUGACAUAGUUGUGCUGAUUGUGUGUACAUGUACAUUUCUUUUUCUUUAUGGAUGUAUUUUUUGGCAGUUAAUGUAUAAAUGUAUCUCAUGAAUGUGAGGAAUAAUUUACUCAAUCAGUUGCACCCAAAUAAAAAAAAAAACACGGAUAGUUAUAGGAUGUAUUAAGGACGAGCAUCAUUCUUAUUGGUGUUUUUUCUGAGAGCACAGUAAUGGAAUUUAUGAAUAAAAAAAGUGUCUGCUUUGAAAACUUUUCUACAUGAUGAAACAAAGUUUAAAAAAUAAAUUUGUUGUUAAAUCCUUUGUGUCAAAUGGUCUUUUAUGUGAUGAAAAAGUUUCCUGAAUCUGGAUUAACCUUAUUUUUUCUUUAUCUUUUUUUUUUCUUUCUUUUACUUAAACAUUUACAUAUAAAAGUGUGAGAGAUUGAGGAAAUGUGAUUUUUAGUGUCUUACUGGUAAUUUUUGAAAUUCAUGCAAUAGCUUGAUUCUCCAUAAUAGCAAUGUUUGCUUGUUCAUAGGAUAAGAUAGGGUAUUGCAAGGUUCAAUGUGGAUGUAUUUGAUUAAUUUAUGUGAAUUGAGUCAACCAUAUGGGUAUGUAAAGGGAAAACGGGGUGUUAUGUCCCAUCUUUUUGUUUUAUUUAUAUGAAGCACCACUUAUCUGCCUUUUCAUAUGUAGAGUUCAGUGAAUGUAAGAUGUCAGUAGCGUGGUGGUUAAAAGGAAUUAGAAAAUUUCUUCUGUUUUGCAGUGGGUUCAGUAUUGGUAAUGAAGGUUGAGCAUUCAGCUUCUUUAGGUAAUCACACUGAAGUUAAAAACACACUGUGAUAAUUCAACCAAUAUAUGCCUAUGGUCUGUUUCAUUCCUUGAAUAUUGAUAAAAUUUGUCAAGUAGCAGGUAUGCUAAUAACAAAAAAACACUUAUGCUUGUGAACAUAGAUACUCGUACACCUAUCAAGCAGUUUUUUCUUUUUGGGGUGAUGUGGUCUGGUUGUACCUUCAAAGUUGUUACUUUUAGUAUCUAUGUUUUAGGGUCCAACCUUGAAUUUGGUGAUGACACUAUGGUUUUUCUAAUUCGGGAUCAUUAAUUUUGAUACUUUGAAAUUUACUGUAUGAUUUUGAUUUAUUUUACUUGAUAGUACACAUUUAUAGUAUUCUGCUAGUAGGUCUUUGGAUCACUUGGUUAUAAAUGGGUUUCCAUGAUAUUUCAGGACUUUUGCAGUUAGUACUACUUGAAUAAGACACGUUAUGCACAUAGCAGUUUGUCCAAAAUGUUGUGUUGUAUGUUGUGCCAUUAUUAAUUGGCUGGAUUAAUCUAGUACUGAUUAUUUUGGAAAGAGUACAUACUUUCAUUAUUUGGUGCUCACCUUUAAAUUCUGAGUUAGCAGUCAUCAUUUGACACAUUUCUUCAGUUAAACUUGUGAAAUUAAAAGCUUUUUCAUGCUUUCAAGGGACAGCAAUACACACUUCUAGUCGUAUAGAAUGGUAGGCGCACACUUGUGAUUAUUGUAGUUUUAUAAGCUUUAAUGAACAUAUACAGAGCCAUCUGUAAUACUAUGAUUUCAAGAAUGAAGUUACUGAAGUGUUUUUAGUAUUAAAUUAAUGUUCUCUAACUGCUGUUAUAGUAAUUUAAAAGAGUACAUACUGUAAUUGAGAAUGUUUAAAAAUCACUAAGUGAUAAUGUAUAAAAAGCAAACUUAAGCAGAAGACAAUUUGCCAAAGCAAAGAGCAAUGGUUAUUUCUAUUGGUGAUAAGUGCAGGACACCAAUUUCAAGUUGGCAUACUGUAUUAGGCAUGUAUACAACUAAAUUCAUUGACAUCUUGUUAUUGGGCUGAAAAUAGUGGUAAGCUUUUUGCUUAAGUACAUUUUGAGUAGUUCAGGGAUUACUUAAGAUUUUUAGAUUUUUGUAUUCUGGAUUACCAUCCUUAGUUGAGAACUAAUUUUUUUUAUAUAUUUUUGUUGAAAUUUAAAUAAUUACAUUCUUGUGGAUUCUUAACAAUUGUAAGAAUCUUCAGUAGUUUCUGCCUGUUUAAAUAAAACAUUGCUGUCACAGUUUGCUCCUUUCCAUGAGAAAAGCUUUUGAGAGUUCUGUGGAGGGAGUGUAGCACAAGGUUUCAGUGUACAGUUACUUAGCAAAUUUGUUAGUGGCCAGUAUCCUUUUUACAUAACCCUAAUGCUGGGCUUUUUGUUUAGAAAACCCCUUGACGUUAACAUUUCACUUGUUUAUUGAGAAGCAACAUCACUGAAGGUGCAGAAUGCUGUGAUGAGCCAAAACUGCAACAUCCCUUUAUGGUCAUAAAUUUAACUGUAUUGACAGUGAACAAAAAAUGUGUCUGAUUCACAAGUGACAGACAUUGCCUUUUAAACUGCCAGGUUCACUGUCAUGUAUAUUAGCACAUUUUAUAACAUGAUGAACCCAUUUUUGUUACACAGUUUGAUUAAGUGUGACCAUAGCUGUUUUGGUAUUGUAAGACUAUCUGAUAAUUCAGAUUAGUAAUGCUUUGGUCAUUCAUAUAUGAAAUGUUUGUUCUGCUGCUCUCAAAAUUGACAUCAUCAGUUCAGGAUUUAUUUAUUUUGAGACCUUGGAUAGUGAAAUGUGGAAGUUUGGCAUAUAAGAAGUGCCUUUCGAAACAUGUUCAUAUUUUAAAUGAUUUUUCACGUAGAUUGUGUGACCAUUGCUUGAUAUAUAUACGAAAGGAUAUUGGUGACACUUCAUCCAUCUAGUUGGCUCUUAAGUGUGUUGCAAAUUUAAUUAUAGUAUUACUACAGCUUUUGGGAAGAGGAACUUAGUAUUGGGUUCUCAAUUUUUGUAGGUUCAUGUAUCAUCAGCCUAUUGAUAAUGCUUAUGAUAAUGAGCAUACACAGAAAUUAUCCACGGGUGACUGGUUUGAGUGCUAAUUAUGCAUGCAAAUGAUCAAAACAUUUCAAAUGGAACAUUGUAGUUUAGUUGCAUGUCAAAAAAUCUUUUGAAAAAUAUUUGGGUAAUCUACAGUACAAAGUUAUGAACGUCUGUAGAUUGAUGUUUCUUAUAAAUUUAUCUGUAAUUUUUUCCUUGUUGGUAUGUCAGUUCCUAACCGUAAACUUUAAAUAAUUGGAUUAUUUUGGGAUUUAGUAGCUUCUUAGGAUGGUUUAGCAUUGGUUUCUGGUACUGCACUAUUAUUAUUUUAUUUUACUGGUAUGUGUACUGAUGUAUUGUUGUGACAGUUUACGCUGGUAAUUUCCUCACAUUACUUUUCUGAUAUUUAGUGAUUGUUUUUAUCUGUAGUCAGUGUGUUCCCAAGAUGUAUUUAUUUGUAACCAUUCCAUAUCUAGUGUUUAGUACAAUUAAUUACAAAACAGGGCUAAAAAUUUUGUGUUACAUUUUCAAGUCUCUGCUUUACUUCACACCACAUCUGGACCCUGAAGGAUGAUUUGAAGCAUUUAUGUGGCCAAGUAUCCACAAUUUUUUUCUUAGUAACAUCCCCAUGGAAUAUCAGAUUACAUUUAUAUAGUGUCUGUGUUGGUGUUACAAACAUCUGUAAUCAUAUAAUAUUCAGUGUUGAAUAUGAAGUGUAUUUGCAGCUGAACUGUAAUGCAGUAUAGUAUUGAGUUUAAUAGUCAUAAUUAUUCAUUCGUCGUUAAGAGAGUGACAUUUACUAAUUUUGAAAUGAAAUUUCUUAUUAGUACAAUGUUUUUGGUUAAAUUCUGUCCUGCCAAAUUAUCCUCUCUGGCUUAAGAUAAUUUUACUUGUUCAGAUCACUGACUACAAAUUCAUGUAUUUUUCAUGUCAUACAAAUUUUUCCUUUCUAUUUCCAGUCAUUAUUUUUAAUAUCUUGUCAUGCCUUUCCUUUUUUCCCUCGACUAAAUUGGUGCUCAUAUUUCAUUCCUUUCUUUUUAAGAUCCAUUUUCAGUAUUACAACAAAUGGUAAAUUUUGAGUUUAGGCUUCUCUAUUAAAUAUGCAUUUUAUGUAUAAAAUUGUAUUAUUGUAUCAUCUUCAUUGUUAUUAAUUAGGAUUUAUUGUGUAAUUCAUAUUGAAAAGUACUAUUGGUGAAAUAGUGGUUUCAGAAAUUUUAUCAAAAUGCAAGUAACCCUUUUCUGUAUAGUUGAUCAUUGAAACAAAUAUUACUCUACCUUCAGUUGCUCAAGAAAUAUUAUGGUGGGGGACAGUGUUAUCUCAGCAAACAUGAAGUGCAACUGCUUGACCCAAAACAUUUAUAUUAUACUGUAUGGCAUGUUACCCUGCACCUGGACUGCCUAUAAGGGGGCAGAUUCCUUUGAGAUAACUUUAAACAGUUAAGUAAGGAAAGAAUAGCAAUUACGGACUAAUGCAUAGUUUAGUGGUUACAUUUAACUGAAUAGUUUACAGUCUUGUAGCUUGUCUUGAGCUGGUGUUAAAAUAGUACAGUGAAUUAAAAAUGAAAAAACUUUACCUUCCACUCACCAAAAAAAUGUGUGAAAAACUAGUGAAAAUUUCAUAAAUAAAAAAAAAUGCUUUUGAACAAUUUUGGGUAUUGUAGUGGUAUACUUGCCUCUAGUUUGUCAAAAUGGUAACUUGCAUAAUUAUUGUACAUAAAAAAAUAAAGGAGUUCACUAUUAGCUGUACAUAACUAGAUAACCCUCCUAAUAACAUUAUUUAUAAUUA